CACCACCUUCGCCCUCUGCGGAAAAAAACACCAACCCGCUUUGUCUGCACGCGAUCGCUCCCUCCAGACAAACCACACCUAUCGAUUCCAUUGCAGUCGCGCGACGCUGCCAACACCCGUCAUCAUGGCUCGCGUCUACGCCGACGUCAACCAGAGCAUGCCUCGCAGCUACUGGGACUACGACAGCGUCAACAUCAGCUGGGGUGUCCUGGAAAACUACGAAGUCGUGCGCAAGAUUGGUCGCGGAAAAUACUCCGAAGUCUUUGAAGGCAUCAACGUCGUCAAUUAUCAGAAAUGCGUCAUCAAGGUCCUCAAGCCCGUCAAGAAGAAGAAGAUCAAGAGAGAAAUCAAGAUUCUCCAGAACCUGGCUGGCGGCCCCAACGUCGUCGCCCUGCUUGAUGUGGUUCGCGAUGCCCAGAGCAAGACGCCUUCUUUAAUAUUCGAGCACGUCAACAACACAGACUUCCGCAGCCUCUACCCCAAAUUCAACGAUCUUGAUGUUCGCUACUAUAUCCUCGAGCUUCUCAAGGCUCUCGACUUUUGCCACAGCAAGGGCAUCAUGCAUCGCGAUGUCAAGCCUCACAAUGUUAUGAUUGACCACGAAAACAGAAAGCUUCGCCUGAUCGAUUGGGGUUUGGCCGAGUUUUACCACCCCGCAACGGAAUACAACGUCCGUGUAGCAUCCAGAUACUUCAAGGGUCCCGAGCUGCUCGUCGACUUCCAGGAAUACGACUACAGUCUCGACAUGUGGAGUCUCGGAGCCAUGUUUGCCUCCAUGAUCUUCCGCAAGGAGCCCUUCUUCCACGGACAGAGCAACACCGACCAGCUUGUCAAGAUCGCCAAGGUUUUAGGAACCGACGAGCUCUUCGAGUACCUCGACAAGUACGAGAUUGAGCUCGACCCCCAGUACGAUGAUAUCCUCGGUCGUUUCAGCAAGAAGCCCUGGCACUCCUUUGUCAGCGCUGAGAACCAGCGUUUUGUCUCUAACGAAGCCAUCGAUUUCCUUGACAAGCUGCUGAGAUAUGACCACCAGGAUCGUUUAACCGCCAAGGAAGCCCAGGGCCACGCAUACUUUGACCCUGUUCGCGACCCCGAGAUUUUUAAGCAGAACCUCGCAAACGGUGGCACUGGCCCUUAUAAGACAUAGGCCAAGUCGCCGUGUCGUUUUUGAAUAGGAAUAAAUGCUUGCCAUGCCGAUUCUGACAAGCCUCGCCUUUAUACCCUCCUCUCAUAUCGCUUCCUGACGCCUCGCAAUCUCCUGGGCCGCUGGUCUAGUGCCUCCAUUAGUCGCUCGCGGCUGGUCAUUGUGCAGCGUUUCCUCUUUCUCGGAAUAUCCCGAAUCAUCUCAUCCGAUGCAUAUCUGGUAUAUAGCCCAGCAUGCAUCUUAUCAACGCGGCCAGGUUGUUGGUGACAAUCACGGCCAACCCCUCUUGGUUUCCCCAUCUUCUUGUGUAGCCAUAGUUGUGUUGAAACAACUUAGUCUAUAGUGUGAUGAUGCGAGAGCGAGUAGGACAUCUUCGUUUUCCAGGUUUAUGUUUUUGUUUCCUUUGGUGUAGCGGUCAAUAAACAACUUAUUUAUC